ACGCUCAGCUGUAGGAUGUCACUCGGUUCUGUUUAAAAACAUCAGUUCAGACCUGAAACCUCCAAAAAAAGAUAAAAGAGAACUAGUGAGACUAACUUUUGAUUUUGGAGGUGAGAGCAGAACGGAUGUGCCAGGCAAUUUUGCACCUGCUGAUCUUGAUGACACUCAGCUGUCACUCUUUGGCUGAAAAUGAGACAAAUGUCACCUGUCCAGAACACCAAAGGGCUUUCGGGGGCUCUUGCUUUGAAUUUGUGGGUAUCCGGCGCUCUUUCUUUAGCGCUCAAGCUUGGUGUGAGGGGAAUGGAGGACACCUUGCUUUUAUCCCUGACGAGGACACCCAGUACUUCCUCGAGAGACACAUGGACACUAAGGAAGACUUUUGGUUUGGUGUGGCACCAUCUGCUGAAGGUCAUCUCUCUUGGCUCGAUGGUUCACCCGUCACAUAUUCAAAGUGGGUGAGCAGUCCAGAGCCUGGAGCAGCUUGUGGCUACGUCCUGAGAAACUCGGGCUUUCACUGGGAGGCCAGAAACAACUGCAGCAAAAACCGGAGUUUUAUUUGCCAGUUUGAGUCUGGGAGAACCAUUGUGUGUGAGGGUCGUAACACCACUCUGCAGUGUGGUUCGGGUCAGGUGUUGAUGAUAGACGGUGGCUUCUACGGUCGUAAGAGUAUUCAUUACUGUCGAUCCAAGUUCCCUCCACCAGCAUCCCCACAACAUGAGUGCGGCUGGGCGGACGCUGUAGAAUCAAUUACAGCUCGUUGCCACGGCCGACAGGUCUGCCAGAUCGCUGAAGUUGCAAACUCCUUUGCUGACCCUUGUCCUCAGCUGAAGAGCUACCUGUCUGUGGACUAUCACUGCAAAGACGGGCUCGCACUGUCAGUUAAUCCCACCGCUGUGGUUCUUGGUGACGUCAGAAUCCACGUGAAGUGGCUUUUACAUUCACCCCUGACAAACUUUAGCUGCAGAGUGAACACAGGAGAUGGCCAUGUAAUUAAUUUGAACAAUCCAAAAGGGUUGGAGAGCAGUGUGGUGCACAAAUACACUCAUCCAAGUGCCUUUAUUGUGGCAGCUGAAUGCACUUGCAGUGAAAUGCACAUUACUGCUCAGAAAAUAAUUACGAUUCAAGAGCCUGUUGCAGAGAUCGGUGUUAUCAAGUGCUAUGCUGGAAACCUGUCUUUUUAUGAAACCAACUGCAAAGCCCUGUAUGGAGAAGCCUUUCAUAUUCAAAUGGAAGUAAAAGCAGGUACGAAUGUGACCUACAGAAUCGAAGCUGAUGAAAAGCCGUUGUCCGGUUUAUCUGUGGUCAGAGGAACUGAACCCCAGAACGUCACAGUGACAUCAGAAAUAGUGACGCAGCUCGGGUCUGGCUGCCACCAUCUGACACUUUAUGCGUCUAACACCGUCACAUUCCUUGAAGUGUCCAAAGACCUGCAGGUGUGUGUUCUGGAGAAAAUAGUUGGACUUCAGGCCUCUGUGUUGACAGCGGGCGAUGAAUGUUUAGAUUCCCCAUUUAUUACUUUUGAUAUUUCCCUUGUACGAGGAGAGCCUGUGAUGCUCUUGUUUUCUCUUUCUGGAAACAAUGGCUUGUUCACUGAAACCAGACAAAUGAAUACCAGAAAGGAAAUGUUUGAAACUGAAAACCCAAUUCAAGGUUCUAUAGAAGCAAAACUCAGAGUUUGGAACAUCUUCUCCUCUCUUGAAGUGGUGCUGAAUAUAUCUGCUUCUUGUGAUAAAGAUUUAGGCUUUAAACCCAGCGAUCAAAAUGACAUUUUGUUUGGAAUGAACAACAGACGGAGAAAGAAGCAUGUUAGAGUUGGCAGAGCUCUACUGACACUCACAGCUAACCGUUCAGCUACAAUAACUCAAAGAGAUGGAGGGGAAGGAGACUGCGGAAACGAUGACUGUGGAAAAGGCAACUGCAAAAAAGGGGGAGGAGACUGUUGCAAAGGCGACUGUGGAAAAGGCGACUGCGAAAAAGGGGGAGGAAACUGUUGCAAAGGCGACUGCGGAAAAGGGGGAGAAGACUGUUGCAAAGGCGACUGCGGA